AUGAUCAUCCCGGUGCGCUGCUUCACAUGUGGCAAGGUGAUCGGGGACAAAUGGGAUGCGUACCUCGAACUCGUCCAGGCGGACUAUGACGAGAGGGUAGCUCUGACUGCCUUGAAGUUAAACCGUUACUGCUGUAGGCGAAUGCUGAUGACCCAUGUCGACCUCAUUGAGAAGCUCCUCAACUACAACAGCUGCAGUCACCGAUUUGCGUAA